AUGUCUGACAAAGAACCCACCCCUCCUUCGUCCCCUGCUGCUACCAAACAGCAGUCUCUACACCCUGCCUACACAGUUACCAACAUCCAGACGAAAGUUCGAAUUCUUGACGGCACGAAGGUCUCUUAUGCCGCCUGGGUCAAAUUGUUCAAACUUCAUGCCAAGGCAUACAAAGUUCUGGAUCAUAUUGAUGGUUCGAAUCCUCCCGAGGAAUCCCACGAAAACCACGAAACCUGGUUUGAGAUUGAUGCACUUGUCCUUCAGUGGAUAUAUGGAACUGUGUCUGAUAAACUUGUAGUUCGCAUUCUUGACAACGACGGUACCGCACGUUCUGCAUGGGUAAAGCUUGAAAAUCAGUUUCUUAAUAACAAAGGGUCGCGUGCCACGACUCUUGAACAUGAAUUUACUACAUUGACCAUUGGGGCAUGUUCCUCGUUAGAAGAAUAUUGCCAAAAGCUGAAAGAAAUUGCUGACCAGUUGGGUGAUGUCGGUUUUCGGGUCAGUGACGGUCGGUUGGUGAUGCAGUUAGUCCGAGGACUGCCUGCCGAGUAUGAUGUCACAGCGGCUAUUAUUAACCAAACCUCUCCUUCGUGGGAUGAUGCUUGCACCAGCCUACAGAAGGAGCAACAACGACAACAGGCCCGUUUAAACCAAAACCAAUCCGUUCUUGUGUCCCAAAACCCGAACCCUACACCCACCGAUACCAACACCUCAAACCAACCCAACCACCCUCCUGCCGAUACCAACCGCUACCCACCAAACCAAUAUGACAACACCCGUACCCGUGGCCGUGGCCGAGGCUACCGUGGCCGAGGUCGUGGUCGCUCGUACCGAAACCUAAACCAACCCUGA